AACAUCUACCAAUCACAUGCAUAUACCGUGGCUGCCCAACAGAAGCAUCAAAUUUGAAAGGCUGAACGCAUCGCCCCCACACGUCCAGCAAGAACAAAUAAUAGAUCCCACUUCAUUGUGGGUUAAAGGAAAUAACUUAGACAUUGAACUGCGCAUUGAAAAUAAAGGGGAUACAUGUAAAAUAAAACAAGAAAUUGAUGAAACUGAUGAUGUGACAAUUGAGGAGACUCCGCACGAGGCAUACACAGUGACCAGCAGCCCCGACCCGCUCACCUGUGUCGAGACCAACUACUCCACGCCGGCCAAUACUCCAGCAGAAGAUCUACUCAAAUACAUCAUCCAAAAAAACGACAAAUUUUUCUGCAAAUUAUGCGACAGACACUUCUUUAAACGUCAAUAUGCAGAGAGUCACGUGAAAUACCACGAUGUGACUUACAAACAACAACGAUCGCUAGCCGCAACGUAUAAGCCCAUAACAGACUCGUCUAGUUACAUAACGCAGAAGGGCGAAAAGUACUUCUGCAAUGUUUGCGACAGAGAAUUUUCGCGUCGACAGUACGCCGAAAGCCACAUCCAGUCGCACAACAAUAAUAAGAAGCUGUCAUACGUUUGUAAGUUCUGCGACAAAGACUGUAAAAGCAAGUCCACAUUAGACAGACAUUUGAGGACGCAUACAGGCGAACGACCGUACAAGUGCGAUAAAUGCGAUGCUACAUUCUCAACAGAGUUUGUGCAAAGAAGGCAUGUGUCGCUAAACAAGUGCAGAACGCAAAAAGUCUUCGAGUGUCCUGACUGCGAUAAAGUAUUCACGAAAGCCGAUCUCUACAACUCGCACAGAAUCAAACACACAACCGACAAACCCUACGUUUGUGAUAUAUGCGGAGAUUCCUUCAAGUACAGAAGUACGAUCGUGAAACAUGUCAGAAUGCAUUCGGGUGAACUACCUUACCCCUGCCCGCAUUGCGACAAAUCGUACCUCCAUAAAGGCUUGUUGGCGACUCACUUGCGAGUGCAUACAGGUGAGAAGCCAUACAGCUGUCCUAUUUGCAAUAAAAAGUUCUCGCUAAAACACAAUGCUAAGAAACACAUCAAAUACACACACGUCAGGGAAAAGGUACUCGAGUGUUUUAUCUGUCAUAAAGUAUUUCCCCGUGAAAGCCGCCUCAAAUACCACAUGGCGUCCCACGCUAAGCUGAAGCCGUUCUCGUGUGAUAUAUGUCAUAUUAAAUUCUCGCACAAACAGGGGGUUUUACGGCAUAUUGUGUCAAAACAUCCGGGGACUAUAGACGUGCAAGAUUACAAAAGGGACAAGGCUAAGACUGGGGGUAAAGUGUCGGCGUUACAAACUCAAGUUGUACCUUCGACUGCAGUGGAAUAGAUAAAACAAUAUUAUUAAAGAUUGCUUACAUUGUGAAAAAAUAAAAUUUGGUAUUAUAGCGCCAUCUAUUGGUGCGUACUUGCUCUUUACAGUUGGUAUGAGCUAGGUUUGGAAGACACUAACGCCAUCUAGGGUCAGUCCUUUGAAUGACAUUGUUUAUCAAUAAGAUACAAUAUCUUCUAAUGUAUGUUGUGUAUGUG